UGUAAAUCGGAAGAUAUAUGUAUGCGAAGAACAAAAAACAAUAAAUAUCACACAGUUUAAAACUAUAUUCGUUUUAAUUAAAACAAGAUUAAAUCAAACCUGUGCCAAAAACAAUCCAAAAAUUCGAGGUUGAACAAAACACAAUUGGAAAUGAAUCCAUGUCUGCAUCGCCAAGAACAAAAUGGUUUUUUGGUGAAUAUAUGAGAGAGAGUUGAGGCUAUGAGGAUGGUUACCAGCGCCAUCAACCUAGCUAGGAAGAUGACACAACGCAGCCUAUACAACCACAUUUUGCCGCUGAGGUUUCCGGCAUGGAACCCGGAAUCCAAUGACAAGUUUACCUGCGACGUUGUGUUUUCAUACAUCAACGACAACAAUCCAACCUUCUCGAGCAACGCCCAUGAAAAGGGCAUUCAUGUCAUUGUCGCAGUUAAGAAGUUUCCGAACUUUGCCAUGUUAGAGGGCGUGAUGAAGAUGCCAUCCCGGAGCCGUGUAGUUACUGUCUAUGUAGCUGCCCUUGUAGAAUUCCCUGGUGUUGCUUGUGAUCUCUUGCCCGGCCGCCGAUUGAAUCAUCGAAGCGGCGGGAUGGCCGCCGGGGCAGCGGGCGACGGGCUACUGCGCGGCGUAUUCGAGGGGAGCAUCUCCGGCCACGACUCCGACAUCCAACGCCGCCCCUAUCACAAGAACUGCGGCUGCGCCCUGCACAAAUCGCGCGGCGGCGGAGGCCGCCGUUGCUCCCAUUCGCCGUCCCACGUGUCUUACCCCAUCCGGCGCUCCUGGAGCGAGGGCUGUCUGGCUUUGGCUGUGGCCUCCUCCCGAUCGCCUUCUCCGCGCUGCUCUGCCACCGCCUCAAUCGCGCGGAAGAGACACAAAUCUAUGGUCUUUUCUAUCGAAGAAGAAGAACAACAACAUGAAUUCGACGGCGAGUCGCCGACGACAGUAAUUGGCAAUACAGGAACCGCUAAUUAGGCAUCGACGCCGGCCGUAUUUUGACCUUUUUCUAUUUUUCUUUGGAGAUCUAAAUUUUACUCCGUCUCGCUUAUUAACACCGUCCAAAAAAUAGGCCUAUUUUUCUUUUAAAAAAUGUCGCCUUUUUAGAUUUCUAAGAUUGGUGUAUUUGUUUCUAUAUUUUAAAUGUUUUAUUCAGGCAUUAUUAUUUUUGCUUUCCUCCGCAUAAUUCCUAACUUUACAAUUUUAAAUGGAGUAUGUUCGGUGAAUUUAUUUAUGAUUAAUGAAGAUUUUAAUAAAUAAUUACUUCAUCU